UCCUAUUUAUGCGGCUGCAUCAGCUCAGUUCUUCAGACAAGCACGACAUUUACUUUGCCAUUUUGUGGUUCUCGGGCCAUUGACCACUUUUUCUGUGAUAUUCGCCCACUUCAGAGACUAUCUUGUUCUGACCUCUUCAUCUAUAGAAUGAUUUCUUUUUCCUUAUCCAGCAUCAUUACCUUGCCUACAAUAAUUGUCAUUAUUGUGUCCUAUAUGUAUAUUGUAUCCACAGUACUAAAGAUACGCUCCUCUGAGGGACGUAAGAAAGCGUUCUCCACUUGUAGCUCUCACCUAGGAGUCGUGAGUGUGCUGUACGGUGCUGUGUUUUUUACAUAUCUCACUCCGGACAGAUUUCCUGAGCUGAGUAAAGUGACCUCCUUAUGCUAUACCUUAGUCACUCCCAUGUUGAAUCCUUUGAUUUACUCUCUGAGAAACAAAGAUGUCAAAGAGGCUCUAAAAAAACUUUUAGAGAUGAAAAAUGCUAUUCCUUGA